AUGGGACUUCGCGGUGACUUCGCCUACCUGCUUCGGCGAUACUGGUCGCUGUUUCUGGGCAAUGUACUGGAAUGGUACGAGUUUGCUGUUUAUGGUUACUUGGUGCUUUUCUUGGAGGACAACUUCUUCCAAGGUUCCGAGGUUGCCACAUGGCUUGGCUAUGCUGCGACGUUUGUUGCACGCCCACUGGGUGGCCUUGUUCUGGGCCUUAUCGGUGAUAUGUGGGGUCGCCGCACAUCUCUCACGGUCUCCAUUGUGGGUAUGGUGGUCGGCACAGUUGGUCAGGGCCUGUUGCCCAGCCGUCUCAGCAGUGGCCAGGCGUGGGGCGAGUUCGGAACCUGCAUGCUCUUUGUCUUGCGGAUCGUGCAGGGGUUGUGCACCGGCGGAGAGAUCAGCACUGUCUCCACGUACAUCAUCGAGGUGGGUUCCAAGCAGACCCUGGCCCGGAGCAUGUCGCUCAUCUCCGUGUCAAUCUACAUCGGCUUCCUUUUGGCGCAAGGCGCAGUGUGGCUGGUACAGGACCAGCUCGGCCCCGAUGCCAUGCGACAAUGGGGCUGGCGAAUUCCCUUCCUUGUCGCCAUUGUGCCAGGAGCUUUCACCAUAGCAGGACGACGUUGCUUGCGCGAGUCGGAGGAGUUUGAGAAGGACCGACGAGUCGCCAUUGAGGAAGGCCACGCAUCAGCCAGCUACGCCAUCAGAGACGUACUGCACAGAGGCUAUGCAAUCGUCAUAGCCAUCGGCGGUAUGGUGUCUUUUGCAGUCUUUUCAUACAGCGGCCUGGUGUGGACCAACACAUUCUUGGCUAAAGAAGGACUUCCCAAAGAUCAGCGCAUGAUGGCGGGCCUGACAGCCCGUGUUAUUCAGAUAGUGCUGGCAGUGCCUGUGGGCUGGCUGGCAGACGUUUGGGGCGUCGGCUCAGUUACCUUCCUUUCUGCCGCAGUGCAGCUGUUUGCAGCUUUCCCGCUGUUUGCGUGGUUGCAGGCAGAUCCAACGAACCCCGCGGUUGCAUAUGCAGCCUAUGCUGUUGGCUUCGGAACUAUUGGAGCGCUAGGUGGUUCGACGUUCAACAUGUACGUGACCGAGUUGUUCCCGACCCGCACCCGCAACUUGGGAGUUGGCGUCAGCCACCCGCCGAACAGUCUUAGUGGACAUGUGCCGGAUGACGAAGGUAUGGGGCUUUUGGCAUCACUUCGAUUUCAGCAAACAAGGGCCAAUGCCAUGGUUGUGGUGCUGGGUAGCACUCCGUGGAUUGAGGUGAUUGCGCCGGCGGGUAGAGCCCUGGCUCAGCUCCAGGUGGAACUCCCACGGAAUGGCCGAGCGGACGGGUACACCCCGGAGCACGUGCAGCUCUUCGUGGCGCAAGAAGGUGAGCAGCUGGGCGAAGCACCUAUCUUCGAGUCCGAGCAGUUCUGGUCUUUGGCUUUCCCUGGGGAGAUGGUGGCUGUUCCGCCAAAGCCGUUGCCGAACAGGAUCUGCCGAGCUCGUCUCUGCAUGAAGCGAGCAGCAGCGCAAGGUGGUCCUAAUGUGCGUAUCCAGAGCCUUCGCGUGCUUACCAGGAGGUUGAAACGCGGUCGAGAUGACGGCGUGUUUCUGGGAAGGAAGUUGUGGAACGACACGGACUUCACGGACUGCGUGCUGCGCUCGGAGGAUGGCUUGGAGCAAAAAGCACACAAGGCCAUCCUUGCAAACGCGUCACCCGUCUUGAGCCGAAUGCUGCGGUCUGCGACCAAGGAAGGUGAAGUUACGCUUCCUUGCAGUGGUGAGGUGGUGCGGGCUUUGCUGAAGCACUGCUACGGGCUGUUCCCGGACAUCCGCGCCCUGAAAGUUCAGGACGUGGUAUCCCUUGUGGAACAAGCUCAUGCCUUGGAGCUGACUUCCUUAUCAGAGGAUGCUGCGGUUGCUGCCACGCAGUGCUUGACCCCGGAGACAGUUGUCCCCCUGAUGCGAGGCCUGCGUGCGUUCUACAAAGCCGGAUCUCUGGUUGAAGAGUGGGACAACCUGGUGCGACAGGUUCGUGCAAGACAGGACCUGUCGCAUGCUGCUCUUCUUGGGCUAUGA